AUGUCCACGAGCUCCGAAGAAGUUACUAAAGAUGUUGCAAAGGAUACUCUAAAAUUAGAUGACGAGUAUAUCAAGGAUUCAGUCUCUGAGAUGUCGGGAGAAAAUAAAGAUGACCCAACAACUGAAAAUAAAAAAAGUACUAAAGAUGAUAACAUUAAAUCGAAAAUUCAAACAUCUGUUCUAAAUCCUGCAGCUCCUAUAAUUUUACCACCUAAAAGUAAUCGCUCUUUUAUUCCAUCUGUGCCUAUGAUGCUUCCUACUAUGCCUAUAGGAUAUCAAGUUGCACGACCAGUAUUACCUUUAGCCCCUUUAGCCCCUUUAGCCAAAGGAAGUGAACCUUUUACGACUGAAGAAAUCGGUGAUUCAAUUUAUGUGAAGAUAAUCGAUAAAAACUUGUUAGCUCCCUUACAAAGCUUUGUGAGGUCUGAAGAUUUGUAUUCUGUAAAUCCAAAGAUAUCUGCACAUGAAUUAUUCAUUAUCCUUCCGCAAUUAAAAAAUUGUGUUGGACAAGAUUCCCAACAAAUGAAUAAUGAGUUUUUAGAUCAAGCGACUGAUCCUAAUACUUCCUCAGGAAAUCAAAUUAAACCUCCGUUAAACCAAUUAGUCGAUUGGUUGGAAAAAGAAUUUGAUUCGACAUUAAAACAAAUUGAAAAUAUGACUGAUAAGCAUGAAAUUUCAUAUAAAAAUUUGUGGUACCUAUUUCAAAAUGAGGCUCAAGUUUAUGCACGAUUACACGGAAAAGUUUGUGGUGCUCGAGUCACAAGAUGUGAAUAUAAAUCUUUUGGUGGAACACAAUUCUUUAUCAUUACUGGCGAAAUUAUUGAUUCAAAUGGUCAUGACUUUGUGAAUAGUGUUAAGACUUGGUAUAUUGAUCAUUUUGUUGGUGUAUUAAAUAUUGACAAACUUCCAGUAGUUCCUUUACAAAAAGAAUGUGCAAUUCGUGAUGAAUUAGUAAAACGUGGUAAAAAAUUUGAAAUGCUUGCUACUGGUUCUCAUUAUUUACGAUAUUCUGGAAAAUUUUUUCGUCAAUCUUGGUUUGGCCCUACUUAUUAUAAAGGUGAUGGACGUAUGAUGAUUGAUGCUUCAACCUUUGGUUUAAUUAAUCCAAAUUAUGAUAUGGGUUUAGCAAAUUAUAAUCCUGCAAAUUAUAAUUAUAAUUAUAAUUUACCCAAGCAAUCUAAUAAGGGUGAAGAUUCUUCUAAAAGAAAAAUUAAAGAGGAAGAGCUUUAUAUGUGCUCUCCUACAUUCUUUGGUUUCAGCUUUAUUGCUAAAAAAUGGGGUCAAUUUUAUGUUGAUCAAGUGGAUGAAAUUAAAUUUGACGAUGAUGCGUUUAAUAAUUUAAUAAUGGAUACUGAUAGAAAAGACAUUAUUAUGAGUUUGGUAAAAUCUGAACUUUCUGGAGGAUUAGAUUUGAUUAGUGGUAAAGGUGGUGGCUGCAUUUUCUUAUUGCACGGGCCUCCUGGAGCUAUCUCUGAAUAUUUACAUCGUCCUUUAUAUGCUGUCAGCGUUGGUGAAUUAGGUGUAACACCUAAAGAAUUAGAAGAUAAAUUAAGUGAAAUUCUUGAAGUUGCAAGCGUUUGGAAUGCUGUCAUUCUCAUUGACGAAGUUGAUAUUUUCUUGGAACAAAGAAGUAAAAGCGAUGUAAACCGUAAUGCUUUGGUUGGAAUAUUCCUAAGAUUAUUAGAAUAUCACCAAGGAAUCCUCUUCCUUACAACCAAUCUUGAAAGUUUCGAUAAGGCUUUUUAUUCCAGGAUUAGUAUUAUAUUAAAAUAUGACGACCUUGACGAAUUAGCACGUGCUCAAGUUUGGCGUACUUUCUUGGAUCGUGCUGAUGGUAAAGAUAAAAGUCAAGUUGACAUUGAUAAAUUAAAACAGCGACAAAUAAAUGGUAGAGAAAUCAAAACUGCUGUCAGAAUGGCAAAGGCUCUUGCUACUAAAUCAGAUCUUGAAGCUGUUAUCACUACAUCACAUUUAGAAAAAAUCUUGGAUAUUUCCGUUAGGAAUCUUUGA